CAGCAGUCCAGUUAGUUCCUCUCCUCACUCUGAUCCGCUGCACUGAGCGCUCCCACAGCCGAGCAGAAACCAACAGCCAUGAAAGAGAAAGUGCCACAUGCUCAGGGUGGCUGCCACCCGUGUUCUCCAGUGGGGAAGCGGGUCAUCCAGUGCUUGAGGUGUGGGGAGCCGUGCAAAGGAGAGGUGCUGCGAGUCCAGAGCAGCCACUUCCACGUAAAGUGCUUUACCUGCAAAGUGUGCGGCUGUGACCUGGCUCAGAGCGGCUUCUUCAUGAAGAACGGCGACUACCUCUGCCCACUGGACUUCCAGAGGCUUCACGGCACACUCUGUAACAACUGUGGGGAAUUUGUGGAGGGAGAGGUGGUCACAGUCUUGGGGAAGACCUACCACCCAGCCUGCUUUGUGUGCACCAUUUGCAAACAGCCCUUUCCUGCUGGGGAUUGUGUCACCUUCAGUGGAAAGGACUGCCUCUGUCAGCGCUGUAUCCGACCCAUGUCUCCUACUCCUAACAACAUCCGCUGUUCCAGUAACUGCUCUGGCUGUGGCAGAGACAUCAAGAACGGCCAGGCUCUGUUGGCGCUGGGUGGCCAGUGGCACCUCGGCUGCUUCAAGUGUAAAGCCUGCAGGAAGGUGCUGAGCGGAGAAUAUAUCAGCAAGGAUGGCGUUCCGUACUGUGAGAGGGACUACCAGAUUCAGUUUGGGGUGCAGUGUGAAGCAUGUCAGAAGUUUAUAACCGGAAAAGUCCUAGAGGCAGGGGAGAAACAUUAUCACCCCAGCUGUGCAAGGUGCAGCCGAUGUUACAAAAUGUUCACAGAAGGUGAAGAAAUGUAUCUGCAAGGAUCAACAGUUUGGCACCCAGACUGCAGAGACAGCAACAGAACUGAGGACGGUUACAUGCCCACCAGAUCGUCAUCUGAAAGCUCCUGCUCCAGGCCAGGCUCGUGCACUCCAGGCAGUCCUGGUCGAACCAUCUGUGCAAAAGUAGAUAACGAGAUCAUUGAUUACCGAGACUUAGCAGCCAUUCCCAGAGUCAAGGCUAUAUAUGAUAUAGAGCAUCCUGAUAUGAUAUCUUAUAAGUCUGUGAACGGCAACUCCUCUACUUUGGACAACAAGGGCAACAGACAGAACAGGCAAAGCCCUGCAGAGUCACCAGGAAACAUAUCUGAAACCACCGAGGAGAGUUUUGAAGUAAGAAAGUGCAUACCAAAAUCUUCAAGCCAUGGAUCUUUUCAUGCAAAGUACAAUCGUCACAGCUAUACUCCAAGUCUGUCCAGAUCACCGCAACACUUCCACCGACCAGGAUUGAUGCUUUCACCCUCUCUAUCCUCUGGCAACAAUGACACAUGCCCCACCCCCACUUUAUUUCAUCACUUUCUCCCUCACGCCAAAGCAGACGAAGGCUUCAACAUGUACAGGAGGCCUCCAAUUUAUAAACAACAAGAUCCAAAUUCCUCCACAUCCCAAACAACCUCUUUGCCUGGAUACGGUCGCAAUGGCCUCAAUCCGCCACGGUCAGCUGAUUUCUACCAUUACAGCAGCGACAGAUUCAGAGACUUUAAGGUACGUGAGAAGAACUUUCUAUGAUCUCGAAUCUUCUCCCUGUUUGCUUUACUGCACUUCCAAAGACCUGACCUUGACUCACUGUCUGCAUGAGCAUGUUCUGUCAAAUAUACAUUCACCUCAGUUUCAAUUCAAAAUUCUUAACCACACAUUUUAUGAAUAUACUUUAUUUGCAGUAACUUCAAGUGUUUAAUCCCGCCAUCAAAUUUUUCCCAUUGCACGUGUUUGCUUCACCCCGUAGCUCCAUGACGGUCAACAUCCAUUAGCACGAAU